AUGGGUGUCAAGCGCUUCUACCUGAUAGUGUGUGCUGCCGUCUCGACAUGUGUCGAAAGUUUCUUUGAGCUUUCUAGUAACACGAAGACAGUGGACUCCUAUCGCCCGGCUCGACCCGACCCGUUCGUUCCUGACAAUAAAAAUGUCCGUGUCAGCCAUUUGCGUCCCGCAUCCCCGGAUAAAGACGAGAGGGGCUUGAUGGAGUUUGCUGGAGAAAAGAUGCGCGAUCUCCUCUACAAGAUGAUGGGUUCACAGCGUCCAGGUGCAAAGUUCAUUGCCUCACUCAUGGCGAGGUUGCAUUUCCAACACUGGGCACGAAAGAAAUACUCCCCGCAUGAUGUCGCUGAGGUUUUGAAGUUCCGCAACGAUGAGAAUCUCGUGAAGCUGGACGUUUUGGAACGGUACGUUGCUUACCUUGGUAAAAAAAAGAAGAACGCCGGGAUAACCUUUCUGGACGCAGUGGUGAAAAGCUUUGGGGGCGAGGUGGAGUUUGCCCCAACAUUGUUCAAGUAUGCAACCCAGUACCCGGACAAUGCUCAAAUAGACGCGCUGCUGACAGCAUUGUUAGCGAAAUGGCAGCAUGCUGGGAAACCAUUUAAAGACGUGUUCGCACAGUUCAAGUUCAGAAAGGCGGGAGUCGCUGUCUUCUUAGACGAGAGCAUCAUUAAGCUGGAAGCCUACAGGAGUCAGUAUAUGCUUAAAACUGGAGUAACAGAUGUGGAGACUUUGUUUACUCUACUAAAACAAGAGUUUCAUAGCGAAGCCAAUCUCGCCUUCCGUGCUGUGGACGCAAUGGGAUAUGAUGCAACUCAAAAGCAGGGAAUACUGGUAAUGCUUGACCUGUUUCAGGAUUGGGAAGCAAGGCUCAUGCUUCCGUCGUACCUCAAAAACGAGGUGUUUGCUGGAACGGACGAGACCGAAGCAGAUACGGUCCAAGCGAUUGUGCGCGAGUACAGGAGAUUUAUGAGCAAGAAGGAGAAGGUUGAGUAA